AUGUCGGAUCUUCCCUUGCUUGGUGCAGUCGCCUGCGGUUCCCGCUACGACGCCAUAUCUAACGGAGGCAGUGAUGAUGUUAUAACGCUUCCUCUAGUCGACAUCGACAGACAACUCGUGGAGAAGAGGCUUCUGCGUAAGUUGGACCUUCGAGUAGCCUUCCUGGUUCUGGUUUACAUUAUGAAUAUCAUGGACCGUACUAAUGUAGCUGCAGCGAGGUUGCGUGGCUUCGAGGAGGACCUUGGCAUGACGGGGAAUCAAUUCAAUACACUUACAAGCAUCCUUUUUGUAGGUUAUUUGUUGACACAAACUCCCUCCAACAUGAUCUUACACCACAUGAAAAGGCCAUCAUUAUACCUCUCGAGCUGUAUGGCAGUAUGGGCUGCUAUCACCAUAUGCAUGAGCGCGGUACAAACAUAUCAUGCCGCUCUUAUCUUGCGCUUCUUUAUUGGAUUUGUGGAGGCGGCAUUCUUUCCUGGAGCUGUAUUCCUUCUUUCACGUUGGUACAAGCGCAAUGAACUAGGAUUACGCACAACAUUUCUUUUUUGCGGCACCUCCGUCAGUUAUGCUUUUAGUGCUCUUAUUGCGUCGGGAAUCUUAGGAAGCUUAGAUGGUGUACUAGGUUUUACGGCUUGGAGGUGGCUCUUUUUCGUGGAGGGUGCUUUGACCAUCGCCAUUGCAGUAUCUGCAAUCUGGAUUUUACCCGAUUUCCCUUCAACGCCGAGCAUCUGGCUUUUGCCCGAGGAACAGUUACUGGCCCAGCAACGGAUGGAAGAAGAACUUGUGACUAGAAUUGAGUACGAAGGCAAGUCCAAAGAGAACUUCUCUGGUCUUAUCGAGGCUCUUAUGGAUUGGAGAGUAUGGUGGCUUGGUAUCAUCCUUAAUUUGAUCAUUUCCGCCACGUCAUUCACCAAUUUCUUCCCGACAUUAUCCGCUACGAUGGGUUACAGUGCGACCACUAGCCUCUUUCUCUGCGUACCUCCAUGGAUUUUGGGAACUGCGACCUCAUUUAUCGUGGCCAGACACUCCGAUGUAACUGAUGAUCGCUUCUGGCAUAUUGUUGGCCCUCUACUUGUCGGCGUCGCUGGAUUUAUACUCGCAAUCUCUACUAUGAAUACGACUGCGCGAUAUGUAUCCUUGUACGAACCUCCCAUCAUUAGCCCAGUCGCUUAUGCUGUCUCUUUAACCUGGGCCAUGAACACGUUUUCCCAAUCACAAUCUAAACGCGCUGCAGCUAUCGCGCUAAUAAAUUCCAUAGCAUCAGCUGGCUCCAUUACUUCAUCAUACUUUUGGCCGUUCAGUUGGGGACCUUCAUAUGUGAAUUCGUAUCUCAUGUGCAUAUCGGCAAGCGUCAUGUGCAUUGCGAUGUGCUGGGUGUUUAGGGAGCACCUCUCCCGGUGUAAUGAAGCUGCUGAAGCUGAAGAGAAAGGUCUAGGGCUACCUGAGGGUUUCAGAUAUAUCCUCUAG